AUGGCAGCAGCAGAGGGCAAGCUGAGCCCGGAGGACAAUGUUAAGGAGGAUAUGAUCAGCAGCAAGGACUACCUUGACCCUGCCCCAACGCCGCUGUUUGACGCCGGCGAGCUGGGCAAGUGGUCCCUCUACCGCGCCGUCAUCGCCGAGUUCACUGCCACGCUCCUCUUCGUCUACGUCGCCGUCACCACGGUCAUCGGCCACAAGCGCCAAACCGACACCGAAGCGUGCAGCGGCGCCGGCGUGCUAGGCAUCGCCUGGGCCUUCGGCGGCAUGAUCGCCGUCCUCGUAUACUGCACCGCCGGCAUCUCCGGCGGCCACAUCAACCCUGCCGUGACCUUUGGGCUUCUGCUGUCCAGGAAGGUCUCGCUGCCGCGUGCUUUCCUCUACAUGGCGGCGCAGUGCCUUGGCGCCAUCUGCGGCGCGGCACUUGUCAGGGCUGUGCACGGCUCGCACCACUACGCGCUCUACGGCGGCGGCGCCAACGAGCUUGCGCCAGGGUUCUCCAAGUCGGCAGGGCUGGUGGCCGAGGCUCUGGGCACCGCCGUUCUGGUGUACACCGUGUUUUCGGCGACUGACCCGAAGCGCAUGGCCAGGGACUCGCAUAUCCCGGUGCUGGCGCCGCUGCUCAUCGGGUUCGCGGUAAUGAUGGUGCAUCUGGCCACCAUCCCCGUCACCGGUACCGGCAUCAACCCGGCCAGGAGCCUCGGAGCCGCCGUGGUGUACAACGGCGAAAAGGCGUGGGACGACCAGUGGAUCUUCUGGGUCGGGCCGUUCCUCGGUGCCGCCGUCGCCAUGGUGUACCACCAGUACGUCCUCAGGAACUGCGCCGCAAAGUCAUUCCGCUCCAAAUACGACAUCGAAGCAUAG